UCACAUAUUUGUACCUGGUAUUGAUGGGCGACGUUUUCUUGAGAAUAGAGUGAACGACCAUACUUUCAUACACAAUAAAUUUCUCUACCGACCUUACAAAAAAUAUUACGAUAACAAAAAUAUGCAAGGAAGGCGAUUGCUACUGUACACAAACGUCAGAUAGAGUAUUAAGGAGAAGCCAAUUGUCACAGAUUAUCAACAAGUUCUCAAAACCUGAGCAAGAGGUGAGGUGGGAGUGAUGGCUUCGUCAAGUUCAGAUGGUCAGGAGAGUAAUGGUGCUCUGAUAGACAUUACUGUCAAGACCUUAGAUGGACAGAACAGAACGUUUAAUGUUCCUGAGAAGUUGACUGUCCGACAGUUCAAAGAGAAAAUUAGUGGCUCCAUUGAAAUUUCUGCAGACACCCAGAGACUGAUCUUUCAAGGGCGUGUUAUGCAAGAUGAAAAGCCAUUGACAGACUAUGACAUCCACGGGAAAGUGAUCCAUCUGGUGCAGAGAGCCCCGCCCUCCUCACUCUCCGGCGCCGGCACGUCCGGCCCCAGCCCCGACAGACCCCCCAGGGCCCCCAGACCCGGUGGACAUGACGGCAACAUGCUGGACGUGCAGAUCCAUGUGGGCCGAGUCCAGGGAAACCCCAGCACUCGCGGCGCCCGAGGUCGCAUCCGACAGGCCGAAUUCAACCUGGGGCUCAUCAACGAUGCCCUUGACCUUCUAGAAGAGCGCACCAGCAUCACGGUCAACGACUGCCCUCCCCCUGACCAGUCAGAGACAGCGGCCGGAGAAGGCAGACAGCAGGAUGAAGAGAUGGACACAAGCUCCUCAGCUCAGCCGCCGGAAGACGCCGAGGGUUCCUCGCGACGGGAGUCGCAGGCCCCACCAGAGGGCUCGGAACCUCCGGGGGCAGAAUCUCCCACAGGACUGAUGGCCUCGGAGCUGGCCGACUUCCUUGACCGUGUACUGAGCACCAACAGUCGCAUGACGCCCCACCUGCGACUUUACCGCAACUACCUGCGCAACGAGCAGAACUACCCACAGGCCUCGCAGGAAGCGCGCAACGCCCAGGAGGUGAUGAGCCGCGUGUCGGAGGCACUACAUGCCAUGAGUCACCUGAUGCACAGCCUGAGCGACGUGAUGGUGGACAUGAACACGGAGGUCCCCCGCACCGUCACCGCCACGCCCCCCUCCUCCUUCCCCAUCCCCGGCACCAACAGUAUGGCCAUCCCCAUACACAUGAACGUGAGAGCCCGCCACGCUCCCGGUUGGGGGAGAGCCGCUAGGCAGCCCGGCGCGGGCCAGACGUCCACAGCAGCAACAACAACAACAUCAUCAUCAUCCACAUCAUCAUCGUCGUCGGCUCCCACUGGGACAGCAGCGGACGCCACACGCAGCAGCAGCAGCAACAGCGCUCGGACGAGAGGUGGCAUCCCAUCAGCCACACCCGCCACGGGCAGCGCUGGUCACACGCCCCCCGGCAAUGAGGGCCCGCCCAUCACGGCAAACUUCAACGCUGGCCCGGGCCCCACGCCGGGGAUGAUGCAGGCGUUUGUGGACUUCUCGCAAGGUUUCCAGAUGUCCACACAGCAGACGGCCAGCCUGGCAUGACCAAUGUGACAGUGAGGACCCCACAAGGAGCCACUUCCACGGCCGCGCGAGCUACAGCCACGUCAACCCCAGCCACCUCCACCUCCUCCUCCUCCUCCACCCCUGGGUCGCAGAGACCAGCGACAGCUCCCGGUGGUGGUGGUGGUGGGCCUCGCCCCUCGCCCGACGCUCCGGUCAGCAACAACAACACCACCACCACUCAGCAGCCUGGGACAAACACCUUCUCUUCCUCCUCCUCCUCUUCUUCCUCCUCCUCCUCCUCCUCCUCCUCGUCAGCGUCAUUUUCCUUCGUCCAGGGCCCCAGCAUCAGUCUAGGUCCGGGCGGCUCCCACAACGUACACAUGGGCCCACUGCCCAAUCUGCGCACCAUGCCAGCCGGCAUGCUGCAGAACAUUCUGGGCUCUGUGUUGGCUUCUCAUGGUGUACAGCCCGGCCAGCCAGUACGGGUCGACAUGGUCCAUCAGGCGAGCGGAGGCGGCGGUGGUCGCGGACCGGACCCCACGCAGCGAGGAAUGAGUGACCUUCCCCUUGACGGAGAUACAGCUCAGGAGAGAUCAGACGCCUCGCACCAGACCCCGUGGCGAGUGGGCGCCAGCGCAGGCACACGCAGCAACGCAGCGACCAACACCAGCGCCACCCCGGGGGUCAACGCAGCCACCAACACCAGCCGGACCGCCGGGGCCACGAAUAGCAACAACACGAGCGCACCGCAGGGUGUCAGAGCCAGCGGCCAUGAACAACGGCAACAUCAGAGUGACCACCCCUGGCCACCCACCGCAGGGCGCAACGACAGCAACCACAACCUCCGCAGCAGCCACCGCGGCCCAGCAGGAGGUGGAGAGGUCAAGGUCGUCCCAGGCCGCACCGCAACAACCACCACCGUCACAACAACAGCCGCCGCGGCCUCCCAUCAACCCGAUGGAGAUGCUGGCUAGUCUGAUGUCCCCGCAGGGUGCGGGCGGCGCGCCGACUAUGUCCCCCGGGGCUCCCAUGUCGCUGGACAUUGGCUCCCUUCUCACGGGCUUCAUGGGCCCGAUGAUGCAAGGCUCCGGAGGGGUCUCGGGUUCGACGACGGGCACACUGGCAGAUCUGUUCACACAGUUCCGGGAGGCUUCGGGGCAGGAAAGCUCCAGUGAUUCAGGUGUACUGGUAUCCCUGCUAGAGACACUGGCCCCCCACGUUCACCUCUCCGACCUGCUCUCCCUCAUCAUGGGCAACGCGCAGGUCCUGGGUCGUCUGAGGCCUCACCUGCGCCGCUUCGUGGCCGACCACGUGGCUCAGCUGGGCUCUGUGGAGCGGCUGGUUCAAACCUCCGUGGACGACAUGAGGCCGCAGAUACAGCAGAUUGUGCGUCUGGUGGAGGUGAGGGCUGGCGUGGACAUGGAGGGAUCGCUGAGGGAGGGUCUGCAGCACCAUCUCAGGAUCAUCCUCUCCUUCAUCCACUCGGACCGCGCAGCGAGCGAGGCAGAGUUUGGCAGUGGUCUGUACGGCCUGUGGAUGACCAUGAUGGCGGAGCUGAUAGCUCUGUGUGUCUACUGUAUCCGCGACGGACAGGCAGGCUUCUCUAACAUGCUACAAGCCUAUAUUGAGAAAUCAGUUGGAGACGGAGCAGGGACCAAAGUCUCAGGAUCGUUGACAUCCGGCCCUGCAUCUGCCACGGGAUCGUCGAGACCCAGAGCGGCCGCGGAUGUGCCCGGCGAGGCGAGAGGGACAGGGGGCGCCACCUGCUCUCCCAUGGACGUCAGCGUGUCGCCGUCCAGCCAGCCACCCAAGGCAAAGGUGCCCCGGACGGCUGAGAGCGAGGAAUCCUCGGGCGAGAUCUUCGUGGAUGCCCAGGAGACACUGAGCAGUUCCCCCGCGGCCCGCAGCGCCAGCAACAACAAGCCCACCUCCCUGCCCACGUCUGCCGGCACCUCGUCCCGCCCCGCACCCCGACCCAGACCCGCGGCCGAUCUGACCAACGGUCAAAGCACAGACAACUCCUGGCAGUCGGUUAUACCCCAGGACUGGAUCCCAGUGAUAAGCCAGGACUCUGUGCGCCAACAGACACAGAGACCCCAGCCCCCACUCAGCGACGCCUACCUACAGGGUCUGCCAGCCAAACGCAGGAGGAUGAUGGGUCUGGAGCACGCGGGAGAAAUGGGCAACAUGCCGCAGUACCUCCCUGCCUCGCUGUCGCGGGCUGCACGGGCCGUGGGCGCCGAGCCAAUCAGCAGCGAGGAGAACUUGCUCCGAGAGGCGGCGGACAACCUUGACCUUCAGGCGGAGCUGGAGCGGGAGGUUCGCUCGGUGCUGGAGUCUCGCGUGACCAGCGACCGGGACUACAGCUCAGACCAGUUCCCCAACACCAAGAACUAUUUCCACAAGUCCCGACGACAUUAGGACGUUUUUAGGGCCCCUUUUUAGAUCUAUGUCGAUACAUCGCUCCCCCCACCCCUACCCCAGGGAUUUCUCCUCGG